GAGGAGGAGGAAGAAGGGGGGGGCCAAGAUGGCGCCCGGCGAGGCGGCGGCGGAGGUGGUGGUGGCGGGGCGCGGGGCUCGGAAGCGGCUCCGUGCGGCUUUCUCCGCCUUCGUGAAGGCCAGGGAGGUGCCGGCGGGCGCGGCGGGCGCCGUGUGGUGGCGCUGCUGCCGGCAGACGUUCCGCGAGCGCGGCGGCAUCCACCGGCAUGUGGGCACCCAGCACGGCGCCGAGCUGCUGGGCGCGGGGAUGGGGACGGGGACGGGGACGGGGACGGGACCCGGUGAGGCGCAGCGAGGGGCAGCGGGGCCCGCUGGCGGCACGGAGCUGAGCGAGGAGCUGCCCGACACCCGGCACCUCGGCCCCGCGGAGCUGCAGAGCAAGGCGGGAGAGGUGCUGCUGUAUUACUGCUACUGCGAGGUGAGGGACCCGGAGAAGCUCUGCGCCUGGCAAAGGGCGCUGUGCGUGCACCUGCACCUCACUGGCAAGGUACGAGUUGCUUCAGAAGGAAUCAACGGAACAGUGGGUGGAAGCAAAGUAGCCACCAGUCUCUACAUUGAAGUCAUGCUUUCCCAGCCUCUGUUCAAAGACAUUUUGUGUCAAGAUGAUUUCAAGAGAAGUGCAGGAGGAGCUCACUGCUUCCCAGACCUUCGAGUUGGAGUAUUUAAAGAAAUCGUACCUAUGGGCAUAGAUCCAGAAAAAGUCUCUUAUAAGGAAACCGGAAUCCAUUUAUCCCCUCAGGAAUUUCACAGAGAAGUAGAGCAGUAUCUGUCUCAGGCCAGUCAAGGACAAAGCGAUACCAUCUUGCUGGAUUGCAGGAACUUCUAUGAGAGUAAAAUUGGACACUUCCAGGGCUGUCUGGCUCCAGACAUCAGGAAGUUCAGCUAUUUUCCCAGCUAUGUCGAUGAAAACCUGGAGCUUUUUAAAAACAAGCGUGUCCUGAUGUACUGCACGGGAGGCAUUCGCUGUGAAAGAGGCUCUGCUUACCUACGGAGCAAGGCAGUGUGCAAAGAGGUGUACCAGCUAAAAGGUGGAAUCCACAAGUACCUGGAAGAGUUCCCGGAUGGAUUCUACAGGGGGAAGCUGUUUGUAUUUGACGAUCGUUUCUCCAUUUGCUCCAAUGAAGAUGUCAUCUCAGCGUGCAGGUACUGUGGGACGCUGUGGGACCAGUACAAACUUUGUUCCAGCCAGCACUGCCGGCAGCUCGUCCUGACAUGUCCAAGUUGUCGAAACAAAGGUCUUACAGCUUGCUGUCCUGUGUGUCAAGAGAAGGAGCUCGAGGUGACUUCAAGGGCUUCAGGACAGACGCUGAAGGAGGAGUGCGAAUGUACAAAGAGAAGGCCAAGGGUACCUGUUGAACGUAUCUCGCGAGGGACGCUGGAUGCAGGAAAAGUUUAAGUUGUUUCAUUAGUUAAUCUGACAUUGUGCUAAUGCAAAGGGCUUCUAAAACCAGAUCCCUGUCUGCUCCUCAGCUAGGUUUGGAAAUCACAAAAAUCUGUUGGCUUUGGAAGUCUUGUUUAUGACCCGCCUUUAAGUCCUGAAAAACUGUGCAUUACUUGAGUGUAAAUUACCAGAGUGCCCAACCUAUCACCGGUGCUACAGGAUUCCUCUUUCUGGGUACAGUCUCGUAGCAGGGCCUCUACCAUGGGGAUUUUGCAGCAGAGAAUGUGAUGGGACACAGCUGCUCACAAUUAUAAAGAAACUUAAACCAAAAAAAAAAAAAAUCCAUUCUGUUCUUCCUGCCUGGAGGUGGAUCUGUCUGCCUGCUCCUUUAAUCAUGCAUUUGCUUCAAUAGCUAGUGCUAGCAUGAUGAAGACUGCAGAUUUACCAAUUUCUGGCUACGUGACCAGUUUAGAGCUGAAGGUAUUCCCAUGUGGAAUUUAUUAUGACUCUAAAUCAUGACUCCAGUGACUUCCAUGAUUCCAGUGGGAUUAGGAACUCACACAAGGAAAAAAUUCUAUAAAAGUGAAUUCAUAGUUUGUUACUCUAGCAUCAAUGUGAUUUUUACUUUCUAAAGAUAGCAUUUUUUCUACAAAUGUCAACAAAGGUUUUCACAAUUUCCACAUUAAGCCAUAAUUCUAUACUAUAUCAUAUGGAAUUUAACCAUAUUGCCACAGGUGAUUGAUGCUAUAAGAUCAUUUCCUUAGUACAUAAACGCAUAUAUGUACUCAAGUUGCAGCAGGGGAGGCUCAGGUUGGCAAUGAGGAGACAUUUCUGUCAGAAAGAGCAGUCAGGCACUGGAACCAGUAGCCCAGGGAGGUGAUGGAGUUACUGUCCCUGGGGGUGUUCAAGGACAGGUUCGACGUGGUGCUUGGGGACAUGGUUUAGUGGUGACAUUGGUGGCAGGGGAUGGUUGGACCAGGUGAUCUUGAAGGUUUCUUCCAACCUUAAUGAUUCUGUGGUUCUGUGUACAUGCCAUAUGCGUGCAUCUCGUGCUUUACACCAGUGAGGAAGAAGCAAGGAGCAGUUGCCUUUGACUGCAGCAUAAACCUGGUGGGAGGAGCAAAGGCUGAGGAUGUGUGUUGCUCACAGGUGCUGCCUGCUCAGCUGCACUCAUUGUGUGUGACCUGUGGGUUGAGCAGCAGAAGUAACUCUUGUUCUGACGCUUCCAUCUGCCUGGGAACUGCUUCUUUCAGCUGGUCAGUACGUGAAGUACCCAGCUCUGCUCGCACCAGAGAAAAGACAACAGCUUGGAGUGUGCUGGAACUGAGACACACGGAGAGGGGAGCACGGAGACCAUCAAAAUACCAGCGAUGGCACCGGUAGUGAUGCUGACAGGAGUGAGUGUCAGCAGCAGCCGUAAGGAGAUGGCCAGGUCCCUUAUCCAAGUUAAAUUAUCCAAUAUUUUGGGAGAAUCUGUGCUUUGUAAACAUGGCUUGAAUUUUUCAAAAGCUGGGAGAUGUUUAUGCAGUUUUCAGUGCCUAUUAGUGGAGAAACCGUCUUGGACUUCGAAAGGAUCCCACAACAUAGUACCUCAGGGUACUUCCCUGCCUGGUGCUUGGUGUGCCUGCUGCUGCAGGAAAGUUAUUAGUAACACAGAAGAUGUGUCACGACUGAAAAGUGUCUUUGCAGCUUACACCCAUCCUUGGUACUAAGUCAUUAGGGAAUCAAAAUCAGUUACUGGUGGUUUCAGUUUUCAUUUUGUGUUUUAAACCAGCAACUUCUUUUAAAGGCAAGAAAAAAGCACGAUUACUCAGGUUUCUGUAGUUGCUUAGUGACAGUUAGGGCAAUGUUACUCUCAGAUAGGCUGUAACCCUCUCCCACAGAGCUGUGAAUUUGGCACGGCCACGCUGGUGUCUUGACUGGCAGCUUAAAGAUGGGGGCACUGGCUAUGUUGCAGCCAGAGCACAGCAAAGCACUUCAGCACUGCUGCCCUGCACUCAGAGGUAACAGUCCUUGUGACAGCUCUUCUCGUGAAGCAGGACUUUGAAGCUGAAGUGUCUGCCUGGGGAAUCACUCCAGAAUG